CGAUAUUCAAUGAGAAAUUAGAAGCGCUUCCCCAAAUCUACAAAAUUGGUGACAUUGUCCGUUUUCAUAGAAUAAAGCAAGCUAAGUGGGAUGACUAGUUUGGGUUUUUCUGCCCUAACAUUUGAUGGUAGAGUGGGAACUCCAGUAUGUCCUCGAACAUCAAGCAAAACCUACCAUUUUGGGGAAGAAGAUAGAAGAAUUGUAGAGAAAUUGCGUCAAUGGGCAGCAACUAUCUAUCCAAAUUUGGAAAUAAGCCUGGCUACAGUUCAGCCUAAGUCAUUUUUUGAUUUGACCUGUCAGCUUCUGGCAAAGGCAGAAAUCAGCAGAGCCUGUGUACUUUUAAAGGUCUGGGAUGGAACAAAAUGCCCACAUCGCCUUCUAAAGAUCCUUGUUGAACCCAGUGCCAUUGAAGGUAAUAUGGCUGCCAUCCAAGACUUGCAGGACUUAAUUGUGGAAAUCCUUGUCUACGAUAAUCAUGUGGAAGUAGCCAAAAAAUUGAAGCCAGGAAUGUAUCUACGAAUUUAUAACCUCCAUGCAAAAUUACAGGCUUCAGGAACAAAAGAACAAACUUCAAAUGAGUGUCAUCUGGGAUUUCACCUUCAUGGAGGAACUUCUUAUGGCAGAGGGAUUAAAGUCUUACCGGAGGACAGCAGUGACGUACAGGAACUAAAGAACUGCAUCUUCUUUGUUGCUCCUGUCAGGGCACUAGAAUCUGCUAAUCCUGAGGACACCAUGGAUGAUUUAACAUUAUUAAAUGCGUGUUGUACUUCAGCCAUUGAGAACUCAUUAAAUGCUGAGUUAUCACCUUAUCAGGAAGACCCUUUAACAGUACUCACCUGUCAUCACACAGUGAAGUCGGACCUGCUCAGCAAUGUAAAGAAUUCCACGCCUCCACAGAAGUUCCAUAUCAAGGCCAAGCUUAAAUCCUAUCAACCAGACAAGCUCUAUCAGUCUGUAAAACUUUACUGUCCCAAAUGCAAAAGAGUACAGGAGAUUCCAGAUGAUGAAACUAUUGGGAGUCUGUUUCAAGAGGCUUUAAAUCUACCAGUCCUCUCCAGUGAUUCAUGGUAUGAGACAUUUCUGUGGGAAUCCAGCACCGAUGUGGGAAGAAAAGUGGCAGUUCACUUUGUUAAUGUACUUGGGAGUGAAGAACAUUUAUUAACCUUGGUACAAGGAGCAACUCUAGAAGAAGUCUGUAGACUUUCAACAAAAUUUGAAAGCAUCAUUCCGAUAAAAUUCUCUGAAGAUCAAAUGACUUUGCUGGAUCUUUCUGCUCCAUUUCUCAUCCAAGGAAAAAAGUGGUCCUAUGGGUGCAAACACUGUUCCUGUGUCAAGAAUAUAGGCUUGUAUUUAGAGCAGGAGAUGGUAUGGGAGCCUGAGAAUACUGCAGAAGUUUUAGGAGUCGAGCUGUUGCAGUAUGUUUUUCUAAUGAAGUUUGAGUUGGAUGAUGGAACUGCUUCAUUGGAUGCAAUUCUUUGGGAAGAUGCUGAAAAGUUUUUUCAGAUGCUUCCAGUUGAAGUAAUGGUAAACAGAGCUAUGCAAGAGAAAAUGCAGAUGACAAUGGCUACACUUUGCCCACCAGGAAAACAUUUUGAUGAACUCCCUUGGUUGGAGUUUUGUAUCGGUACAUACACCACUGAUGAAAACGAAGACCGCAGUGUGUAUUAUCAGAUAUUUGACACUAUGGUUGCAGAGAAGCUGUAGGACUCUCGUAGCAUAUUGCUAGAGAUGAUAUACCGGACUGUUGGCCAUUUUAAUACUAUUUUCAAUGAGAUUUUAUAUGGAAUCAGUGUUUUGCAAGAAAUGCCAUAUUUUACAAGAAUGUUUUUUUAUAUAUAUUGUGAUACUUUGAAAUUCUGUAUUUAUCUUCCCGGAAUAAAAUGCAAAAUAAAUGUGAAGCACUUUUUUAAUGUAAAAAGGCAUGGAUAUGUACAAUGUUUGUUAUUUCUAAGUUACGUGCACAGUGUAAUACAAACUUAAACAGUAAACUAUGGCUAUUUUAACCCUUCAUCACUCUGACCCAUUAUUAGUAACCAAGAAAGAAUCUCAGUUCCUUCCCAUUAGUCAAGUAGCUAAUGAUGUCUUAAGUACUUUAUUUGGCAUAAGCACAAAAUUUACUAAAUCUGUUCCUACACAGGUCAAAGGCAGUUCUAUCCUGUUGCCAUGCCUGUCAUUUUCUGCCGCUGGUAUCUCCAGCUGAAGAUUUUAAGAGCAGCUGGGUUGUACCUUGGUAAUGGAAGUCAUUUAGAAAUGAUUGAUUUUUAUAAUGGGAUUAUAGGCAUUGUACAAUGAGUGUGCAUUUGAGCAAGGGAUCAUUAACCACAGCUGUAAUCUGAAUUUAGACCUAUUUUGCCACCUAGUGGUUUGCUCUGUACAAAUCACCCAAUAAUGCAAAAAAUAGUAAAAAAAACACAUGCUGCAUAUCCUACAAAGACAGCAAAUACUAUACAUAAUAUUAUACUGUUUUAAAAUUAUUAUUAUGGCCUUCCAUCUGAAUAGAGGUUUCAAUUAUACAUUUAUUUUUUCCCAUUCCUGAUUCCAUUGACAUGAGUUAUCUUAUCUUUUUCAACAGGAGAUUCAAUAUUUACUGGCAAACUGCCAAGGUAGAUCAAAUUCAGUUUCACAAACUACCUACAGGCUAGAUUAUACAGACUGCAGAGUAGGCAUUACAUUAAUCUUAUUGGAUAGAUUUGUACAACUUCCAAAGUCUCUUUUGUUCCGUCACAUGUUUUCAGUUUUUGCAUUUUCCUUCAAUAAGUUCAAAACUGAAUUCACCAAACACUGUUUUUACACCAAUGUAUCAUAGGCAAUUUUUGACACAUUAUGAUUCAUGUAAAGGUACCUUGCAAAAAAGAAAGCUCUAACAGGUGGUUUUUCAUAUUAGAAAUCUGAAUGUAUUCAUCUGAAAGCAUGAACCUGCUUGUUCAUUUUGUUUUCAUCACAUUUUCCUGUGCAGGUAGUUCGAUUGCCUUGUUGUUUUUUUAAAUUAAAUUAAAGAACUUGA